AAUCCUUUUUCUAAAGGGAUAGGAUAUUUUUGUAGGUCUAAUUGCAAGGCUUCCAAAUUCUAAUUUUAUCAGUGAACAUUUAUUGGAUAUCCAAUGCUUACAAUGACUUCAUUUGUUGACAUUCUGCCUGAGCACACAGGUCUCUGGCUAGUUGGGAACACUUAGAUAAAAAGUUUGUCAUUCACUUUCCAGUUUGGUGAAGCAGAAGAAAGUCAUAGGUAUGGGUUAAUACACUUGAGUAAAUGCUGUGUUAUAGAAUUUAAACCAUGGCUUGGAAACAAGCAAGGCAGUAGUUAUUUCAUGCUAAUGGAAGAACUAGGAAGGAAGAGCAAUUAAGUCUUUUAAAAAGUUGAAGGGAAGCAGUUGGAGUUACAGAAUAGAAUCAGCUCUGUUGGGAAGAGGCUCAGAUUAUUCAUCAGCAUGGUUACCUGGUAAUGAAUCAUUGUGGCAGGCCACAACUGUUCCAUCCAACCAUCGAAAUAACCAUAUUAGAAGGCACAGUAUAACAUCGGACAGUGGAGAUACUGGCAUUGGCACUUCCUGUUCUGAUAGUGUGGAAGAUCAUUCAACUUCAAGUGGCACAUUAUCUUUUAAGCCUAGUCGAUCGUUGCUCACUCUUCCCACUGCCCAUGUGAUGCCAUCUAACUCCACUGCUUCAGGUUCCAAACACAGGGAGUCUUCUUCAGCAUCAGAUGGCUCGAAGUGGAGCACAAGCAUCAUGCAGACCCUGGGAGAGCAUGGUAGAGGGGACCAGGACUCCUCACUAGACAUGAAGGACUUCAGGCCCCUCCGGAAAUGGUCAUCUUUGUCCAGACUUACUGCCCCGGAUAACUGCAACCAGAGUGGCAUUGUAUACACGGAAGAGCUGAGGAAUGGCUUGGAAAAGACAGGGAAGGGCAAGGCUUUCACAUACCACUUAAGGACCUUUGGGCCUAGUUGCUUACAUGACAGUAUGGAGAUGCUUAAGCUGGAAGACAAGGAAAUAAAUAAAAAGCGGUCAUCAACUUUGGACUGCAAGUAUAAAUUUGAGAGCUGCAACAAAGAGGAUGUCAGAGCAUCUUCCUCUGCUCUUAGGAGACAGACCGUAGACAUGACAUACAGUGCCUUACCUGAGAGCAAGCCCAUUGUGACAGGCUCAGAGGCCUUUGAGUCUCCAAAGUAUCUAAUGCUGGGCCAGCAGGCAGUAGGUGGAGUUCCCAUUCAGCCUUCUGUGAGGACUCAGAUGUGGCUUACAGAGCAGCUAAGGACAAACCCAUUGGAAGGCAGAGCCACAGAGGAUUCUUACAGUUUAGCUCCCUGGCAACAGCCACAGACUGAAGAGUUUCAACAAGGAAGUGAAACACCAAUGCAGGUUUUGACUGGAUCAUCUCGUCAGAGUUACUCACCUUCUGGCUUUCAGGAUUUUAGUAAAUGGGAGUCAGUGCUGAAAAUAAAAGAAGGACUUCUAAGGCAGAAAGAAAUUGUAAUUGACAGGCAGAAGCAACAAAUUAACCACCUACAUGAAAGGAUAAGGGAUAAUGAACUGCGGGCACAGCAUGCCAUGCUAGGACAUUAUGUAAAUUGUGAAGACUCUUAUAUGAGUAGUUUACAGCCACAAUAUGAGAGCAGUUCAGCCCAGACUCCAUUUUCAGAGCAGUCAUUGUCCCAUCCCCAGCAAGAAGAACUUGAACAGAAGCUAGCAUCUACUGAGAAAGAAGUUUUACAGCUCAAUGAGUUUCUCAAGCAAAGAAUAAACCAAUUUAGUGAAGAGAAGAAGAAAUUGGAGGAAAAGCUGAAAACCAGAGAUAGAUACAUCAGCAGCCUGAAAAAGAAAUGCCAGAAGGAAUCUGAGCAAAACAAAGAAAAGCAAAGAAGAAUUGAGACCUUGGAAAAGUACCUGGCAGAUCUUCCAACGCUAGAUGAUGUACAGAGUCAGAGCCUCCAGCUGCAAGUUCUUGAAGAAAAAAACAAGAAUUUGCAAGAGACUUUGAUAGACACAGAGAAGAAGCUUGAGGAGAUUAAGAAACAAUGUCAAGAUAAAGAAACACAGCUACUGUGCCAGAAGAAGAAGGAAAAGGAGCUGGUGACUUCUGUUCAGAGCUUACAACAAAAAGUAGAAAAAUGCCUUGAAGAUGGAAUUCGCCUCCCCAUGUUAGAUGCAAAACAGCUUCAAAGUGAAAAUGAUCAUCUCCGAGAGCAAAAUGCGACUGCUAGUAAGAUAAUAGAGAGCCAGCAGGAUGAAAUUAACAGAAUGAUUUUAGAAAUUCAGUCUAUGAAAGGGAAACUUUCUAAAGAGAAACUGUCUACACAGACUGUGGUGGAAGAGCUAGAAAGGAAAGAAGGAAGCCUCCAGAAGUUGACAGAAGCAUUGCUGGAAAACCAAAGACAAACAGAGGAGACGAACUCUUUACUGGACCAGGGCCAGGAAGCAGAGAAGUCUAGGCUGCAGACCAUUCAUUCUAAGUGGCCUCUGUUUGAUUUGACUGUGAUUGAUCAGCUCUUCAAGGAAAUGUCCUAUUGUUUGUUUGACUUGAAAGCGUUGUGCAGUAUUCUUAACCAAAGAGCUCAGGGCAAGGAGCCUAAUCUCUCAUUAUUACUGGGAAUCAGAUCAAUGAACUGUGCAGCUGAGGAGACUGAAAAUGACCACAGCCCAGAAACGCUCACUAAAAAACUCUCAGAUGUGUGCCAGUUACGGAGGGACAUUGAUGAAUUAAGGACUACCAUAUCAGACCGCUAUGCUCAGGACAUGGGAGACAACUGCGUUACCCAGUGACCAAGUGUUGGUCCACAGCAACAAUGACCCUUGUGAAAUGCUGCUGUGUUGGACUCCUUUGUUUCUCUUUAGGACAGACAAGGGAGAGGUGAAGCUCCCUGCCGUUCACUUCAGCUUUGUUGUUGUUACGUUUGCUUUCCUGAGGAAGUUUUGAGGGGACUGAUGAGAUCACGCAAACAAAUCACGUUACUAUUUGAAAAAUGAGAUAAAGCCUGCAAGAAAAAGAACAAAAUAACCUGUAUCUUCAAACUACUGAUUGUAGGACCAAGCUGUGAACAGUGCCCUUCAGAUAAAGACGAAGGAUUUCCUUUGCUCCUGUAACUUUGUCUGUAUACAUGUGAGUGCUCAUUCAUUCUCUCGCUUGCUCACUCUGUCUAUCUUGUGUGUAAAUGCCCUUGUAUGUGCAUUUGCAUAUGCAUGGACUUAAUCCACAAAAUAGUAGGAUUUCAAGGGUCAAAGCAAAGCUUUGAAAGGGACACACUUAAUUCUUCAUUUUAUAUAGAACCAUGUGUUAUAUUUUGGAAUUUUUAUUGGCAGGCUGACUAGAUCCAGUACCAGUGGGCUGUUCUCAUGUACAAGGGCAGCAAGAUAAAUCAUUUGUGUUUUCAAAAGUGACUGUAUUGAGGUGUGCGGUGGUAAAGUUGGCCUGAUAAUUGCACUGAAAACAGACCAGCUAUUUUUUCCAGAGUGGUUCUAGAUUGUCUCAGCAGUGUGAAACUUUAAUGUGGUGAUCUUUUCAUUGGCAUUGUAAUUUUUAUAUAUAUAAGAAAAAGUAAUUGCAGUUAAUUUCAGCAUACUCAAUACUAUUUGCAAUUUUUAUUUAUGAUAUAUAUGCAAACCAAGCCAUAUAUAAUUAAUAGAAGUCCUCUGAGGCCUCCAUUGACUGUUAUAAAAAGACAGAUGGCAAAGUAGCUCUUCACAGUUGCUUUUUUUCCACAUUUCAGCAUUUAUGUUUGAGCAGCGUUGUGCCUGAUUUAAACUACUUUAAGAGAGCAUCUUAUUUAUAUGUGAAUUAAUAAUAGCAUGGAACAAAAGUUUCGAUGAUAUUUUAAUUUCUUUUAUUUGUUAGGUUACAAUUUGUCAUGGAGUAUGAAGUUGCUUAGGUUAGUUCAUCUGGAGCACAGGGUACUAUUAUGAAGCGCAACUCAUUUGAGCAGAUGUACACAGUCACCUAAACUUCAAAUAAGUAUUGUCUGCAUAUCAUUUUGGUUUUUUGGUUUUUUUUGUUUUUUUGCCAAGAUUAUAUUGCAGUUAGAAUUCAUUACAUUUUUUUUCAAUACAGGUAAAGCAUCACCCUGUAUAAAUUGAUUUGACUUUCUUCUUUUCUUUUCUUUUCUCUUUUCUUCUUUUCUUUGUUUUCUUUCUUUCUCUCUCUCUCUCCCCUCCUUCCCUCCCUUCCUCCCUCCCUCCUUCCCUCCCUCCCUUUCUUCCUUGUUUUCAUAACGCAACUCAGUUUCCUUGAGGCAGGACUAAGAGCUGGGAAAAAUAGAGAUGUGGAACCUGCAGUAUAGUACUGCCGACUGAGAGUAGACAUGUACCAGGGUUCUUGCUAAACUUACUCUGGUUUAAAGCUUUCUCCUAGAAAAUAUUUUUUCUCAAUCUCAACAGUGAAAACUUAGUGGGACAGACCUUUGAGGAGAGUGCUCAGUUAAGAAUGGGCAUAUAUUCUGCCAUCCAUAGACAUUUGAAUAGCUCGUUAUACUGCAUCCUAAUGACAGAUUUCCCUUCUACCCUACGCCUCUUGGGAUAUGGCUACUAAAAAGUCAGUGUGUUGGGGUGAUUAUGCUCCCAGCUCCCUAACCCAGAGAGGAAUUAGCCACUCAAGAAUUUGGUUCUUUAAAAAUGUGUUCAUUGGGUUUUUAGAUUAGUGCUUUGAUGACAAUCAAGAAAUAGUUUAUUACAGAAAUAUAUGCCUUGCAUAAUGUAAUGUCUACGUAGACAGUCCCAAGCUGUCAAGUCAGAUAAUGGCAUCUACAUGGCUCAUCCACAGUGCAGCCAGCAGCACAUUUACUUUCUCUUUGGAUAGAGUCCUGACCGUCCUCUGGUGAUUUCAGAAAUAGACACCUAAACCUACAGCAGUAAUCAACAGCCAUUGCUGAUUUGUAUUAGCAGCUUCUUAUAUCUCCAAAGUCCUAGCGUUUUAGUUUAUAUUUGGAAGUUUUAUAAUUACUUUUAAAAGAAAUUUAUGGUUAUAUAUUUUAAUAUGCAUAUAUGUAUAUACAUAUAUACAUAUAGAGACAUAUACACACCUUUUUUUCUGACCACUUGCAAUAAAUUAAACAAUUUUUGUUUUGACUGGUUUUCUAUAGCUUAAAGAAUUUAAUUCACAUAUCUUAGAGUAAAAUGCUUAACCAAGAAAUUAUUAAAGUGCUACUGAUAAAUUUCAGUUUCUAAAUUGUAUACCACCAUUUUAAAAGGCAUCCCAAUGUUAUAGUCUUGAUGUAAUGGGCUACAAAUACUAAUCUCUUAUUAGCAUCUAAAAUUAAUGAAGGGCUUCUAUAAGUAGUCACCUUUGGAGGGGAUUUUGUGGAAAAUGGAGCUGGUUGUAUUCUAGUUAGCAUUAUAUUUUUCAGAAACAUCUUCUUAAGACGUACCAUUGCUGGAACAGUAUUAAUAUCGUAUCACAUUGAAAAUGAGAUUUACCAUUAGGUCAAGUAAGAUGGCAAUAGCAAUUCUACAUUGUUUUAUUCCCAUUAUUUGAAGGCUACACGUGGAAAUUACUAUAAUCACAUGCCUAAACUAAAAAAGAACUUAAAUUCUAAAGUAAAUCUAUCUGUAGGUUCCCAUAUUAUUGAACUUUGGUUUCAGUUAUGCUUUUGUGUAUCAAGUCUUUUCUCCUAGGAAGUGUUAUUUUAUUUUUAGUUUGUUCGAGCUGAAGCCAUUCUAACACAGCCACAUAAAACAUAGGUAGUCUAAUAGUUACCACAGGGAUGCCAUAGUUACUGACCUGUGCAGGUAAAAUGAGCUGAAUCAAGGCCACAUAAUGCCUUGUCCUUGCAUUUGAUAGCAGAAAAAUAGACUUAAACUUAGUAAAUUUUCAUUUCCCUCUGAUUUUAAAAUUGUAAAUCUUGACUAGGUAAAUAUACAAGAGAAUUUUAUUUUUAAAAGCAUGGUCCCUUUUAAUAUUUAGAAUAAGACUCCUCACUGUUUGAUGUUAACAAUAUUAUAUCAUAGUGAUGAUUGUGGAGUUGUAAUUUUGAGAAACUGACUUUAACUUUCAGUAGCUUGUUAGAAAAAUCCAAGAGCUAGAAAAUGUUGCUAAAAUGAGUAUCAGACAGUUAUGACUUGGAAGCUUGUGUCAAGUACUGUUUUUGUGUCAGACAUGGUAGGAAUCUCUGAAAAGAUAUUUGUAAAGGGAGUGUUUCAUUGGAGAAUGUUCUUUAAAUAUCAGUGGUAGUUCACUGAGCAACAGGAGAUAAGCAUGUGGUCUCUUUUGCACAGUACUGUUGAACUCAAGCUGAAGUUCUCCAUCUGUCACUACGUAAGUAAUUACAGUGGUAGGAUGUUCUCUGAAUGACCAUGCAUAGCAGAUGACACUCGGAACCAUCGAUAGCUCUUUCCCCUCCCACUUUUUCCAUUUCUGACAGUGUUCACAAACUAAAAGAAAUUGUCUCUUAUUUGCUAUAGAGAGUAAAAAUUUCAACUUUGUCCCCAGAAUACAUUGAUGCUGAUUGCUGUACGAAUGUAUCAUUUAAUCAUGAAAGGGAAUGAUUUGAGAGUUCUUAUUUAAAGGAAAUAUUGAAUAUAAUAGAAUGUACUUCAAAAUCAAUAAGUCAUCGGCAACACUGUUGCGGCUGCACACAGAGAACCUUUUGUGCCUUUUUGCCUGCAGUAUUUAUUUCUUUAACAUGAACUAUAAGAAUGUUGAUUAUUGCACCUUGUUCUUUGGUGAAUAGACUUAAGAAUUUUUUCUAAAAAGAGCCAUUUCUUGGUUAGAUGAUAGCUACCUUAAUAAACAUGAGAGGAUGUAUCAUAUUUAUAUGUGUUUGAAGCUCAGCCUUUUCUAUAUAGAGAGCAGGAAAUUCCUUUAAAAUGUAUUCAUUUGUGUGUAUGUGUGUAUUUAUAUAUAUAUUGUAUAUGUAGUUAUUUAAGUACUUAAACGUGAAAUUGAGCAUCAUGUUGGCAUGGUGACCAGAAGUAGUAAGGUGCUAGAUGGUCACAUUAAAAGCACAGCAGAGUGUGCAAUCAGUCACUGACUGACUGGUGGGUAUGUAAACUAGGUUCAGUUUUUGAACCACCAGAAUACCUCAUGUGUAAAUACAGUGUUCAUGACUUAACUGAAAAACAGUUAUUGUAAAAAAAAAAAAAAAUGUGAAGCCACUGGCUGGCUUAUGCCUUCUGACAUUUUGUUUUUACCUCCUUUUUUUGAAAGGAGUUGUUUUUUGUUUUUGUUUUUUAAAUAGGGUUUACAGCUAGAAAUUUGAAUGCCAAAGUUCUAUUUAUUAAACUAAGAAAAGAAUUUUCAAUGUUAAUGGCUAGUAUUUUUCCACUGGACUAUUGUUUGUUGAUGUUGAAAUUUGUAUUUACAGAGAAAUAAAUUUUUUAGAAAAAUAA